GACCCCGCGGCCUCUCGGCCCUGCUGUCCGUUUUGUUCAUUAGCGUCCGCUGCCUGUACAUAGCAGGCCGGUGUGCUGACCGGGGGAGGGCUGAGUGAGUGUGUGAGCGAGAGUGUGUGUGUGUAUGUGUAUGUGUGAGGCAGCUGUCGGAGUGUUGAUUAUUUUGGGAAUAAGUGUAACUGAAAGCUAGGAGGAGAGGACAGCGCCACGGUUAGGACACACCGGGGCUCCGCGCAGACAGCAGCAGGGUGAAAAGCGGGCUUUUCUGAAAAUGGAGACGAGCAGUGAAGAGAGGCCAGGAGGCAGGCCCGAGGCCAACCAGCCAUAAGUUUAGCCAAGCCAGCCAUACAGCUAGCUAGCAAGCUAGCAUUUUGUAGCCGAGGUAAACAGAGAUUCAGCUACCGAGGCUAGCGAAAACGAUACAGUUCCUGCUUUUGAUGAGCAUCUCUGUGGUCUCGGUACGAGAGCGAGUCAUUUCUUCAAGUAUUCCGUUUGUAUGUGUGACUUUAUUAUUAUUAUAAUUUUUUUGUAGAACCUUUUUUGUCCAUUUCAUACCUUUCAAACUUCUCUGAAGUUGUUUUUUUUUCUUUUGCGUGGGCUCCAAGUUCUGCAUUUCAGUCAAACUCAAACUUGCCUGUAGUGUGGACUUUACACGGCUAAGCUGUUCACCAGCUCUUUUUUGUCCCAGUCUUUUAUGUACUGUGACAUUAUUUGGUCUAUUUGUCGGAUUUUGUCGGCUUGUUUUCCUGUAGACCAGGACCUCCUGACCUGACCUCAGCUCUGGACUUGGUUUUUAGCUUAGUGAGCAGCUCCUGCUUCGGCUUUGCUACACAGGCAUGGAGGAAAAUGACAACAUGGACUAUUUUUACCAGCAAGUUUUGCAGAAGGAUGUGAGCCGGCGGCUGCAGGUCGGUCCCGACCUCAUCGACUACCUGAGCGACCCGCAGCGAUCCUCGGACGUGGAGCAGGACAAACCUCGCCUGGAUAAAACCAUAGACGAGCUCACGGGCUGGGUCAACUCCAGCAAUUACAAGGUUGCCUUGCUGGGGAUCGAUAUUGUCAGUGCGUUUGUCGACCGGAUGAGCGAUCGCUUUCGAGGUUAUGUAGGCACAGUGGUCCCUGCAUUAGUGGAUCGUCUGGGUGAUGGGAAAGAUCAGGUACGAGAUCAGGCACAGACGCUCAUUCUCAAGCUGAUGGAAGAGGCAGCCACUCCCAUGUAUGUUUGGGAGAGGUUAUUCCCUGCCUUCAAACACAAGAACUUCCGAAGCAGAGAAGGACUGUGUCUGUGCCUGGUCGCCACACUCAACGCGUACGGUGCCCAGCCAUUGAGUCUGAGUAAAUUUGUACCGCAUCUGUGUACACUAACAGGAGACCAGAACCCUCAAGUACGGGAGACCGCCAUAACAGCUCUGGUUGAGGUGUAUCGGCAUGUAGGCGAGCGAGUGAGGGCAGACCUGGGCAAGAGAGGACUGCCAGCUGCACGAUUGCAGACCAUUUUAGGCCGAUUUGAUGAAGUGCUGAAUUCUGGAAAUAUGGCUCUCAGCCUGAGUCAAGAUCGUAGCUUUGAUGACGAUGACUCGGUGGAUGGUAGCCGGCCCUCGUCAGCCCAGGCAGCUUUCAAAGUCCCCAAAGUGCCGAAGAAACCUGCAGAUUCAGCCAGCAGCUCCAGAAGACCCAGUGCUACUGGAGCCACCAAAAUGAGUGUGUCUAAAGAGGGAGCAGGAGCUGUAGAUGAGGAGGACUUCAUUAAAGCAUUCACAGAUGUCCCCACUGUUCAGAUCUACUCCACACGUGAUCUGGAGGAUAAUCUGAACAAGAUACGAGAGAUUCUCUCUGAUGAUAAACACGACUGGGAUCAGAGAACUAAUGCAUUGAAGAAGAUCCGAUCUCUGCUGGUCGCAGGAGCAAAGAACCACGACUGUUUCUACCAGCACCUGCGUGUUCUGGACGGAGCGUUUAAGCUUUCGGCUAAAGACCUGCGAUCGCAGGUGGUGCGAGAGGCGUGCAUCACUGUGGCGCACCUGUCCACAGUGUUGGGGAAUAGAUUUGACCAUGGAGCAGAGGCCAUCGUUCCUGUGUUGUUUAAUCUUAUUCCCAACUGUGCAAAAAUAAUGGCAACCUCUGGCACAGCAGCAAUUCGCAUCAUUAUACGGCAUACACACGUGCCGCGGCUGAUUCCUCUCAUCACGGGAAACUGCACUUCAAAAUCUGUGGCUGUAAGGAGACGCUGUUAUGAGUUCCUGGAUCUGCUACUGCAGGAGUGGCAGACACACUCUCUGGAGAGGCAUGCAGCAGUUUUGGUGGACAGCAUUAAGAAGGGAAUCAGAGAUGCUGACUCAGAGGCUCGAGUGGAGGCCAGAAAGGCCUACUGGGGGCUGCGGUCUCACUUCCCCACGGAGGCGGAGUCUCUGUAUAACUCGUUAGAAUCGUCGUAUCAGAAGACGCUUCAGUCGUGUCUAAAGAGCUCGGGCAGCGUGGCAUCACUCCCACAAUCGGAUCGCUCCUCCUCCAGCUCACAGGAAAGUCUCAAUCGGCCGUUGCCUUCGAAAUGGUCAGCUGCUCCAGGCAGAGUUCCAGCCAGCUCCAAGUCAUCAGGCUCACCAGUUUCCCUGCAGCGAUCUCGGAGUGAUGUGGAUGUAAAUGCAGCAGCCAGUGCUAAGGCCAGACAUAGUGGACAGGCAGGAGGAGCCGGCCGACUUACUACGGCUUUACCCCCAGGCACCUAUGCCUCACUAGAUGAUGCCUCUGAUAAGGAUGGCCGACUACGUGCUAAGCAGCCAUUGUCAACUCCAUCAGGAAUGAGCAGCAGUCAGGUGGACUCAAGGGCCCGGAGCCGAACAAAGAUGGUAUCUCAGUCCCAGCGUUCCGACGAUUCUGAUUGCACGCCAGGAUCACAGUCUGCUACACCUUUUGGUGCGGGUUCUCGCUCUGGCUCUCCAGGCCGUGUGUUGACCAGCACAGCUUUGAGCACACUCAGUACAGGCGCCCAGCGGGUGAGUGCUGCUCCAGGCUCCCAGCGGCGCAGCAGAAUCCCACGCAGUCAGGGCUGCAGCCGAGAUUCAAGCCCCACCCGCCUGUCCGUGGCGCCAUCCAACAUCAGCCACGUCUACAAUGGAUCGAAAGGAGCACGGGGUAGUCGUAUACCGCGGCCUAGUGUGAGUCAGGGCUGCAGUCGUGAGGCCAGUCGAGAGAGCAGCAGAGACACCAGCCCUGUGCGCUCCUUCACGCCGCUUGCUUCACGACACUACUCUCGCUCUACUGGUGCUCUUCAUGCUCCAGAUGCCUUUGGGGCAGCAGGUUCGGGUUUGGGGAUCUCUCAGUCCAGUCGUCUCUCUUCCUCUGUCAGUGCCAUGAGAGUGUUAAAUACGGGGUCAGACGUAGAGGAGGCCCUCGCUGAUGCACUGCUGUUAGGAGAUAUGCGGAGCAAGCAGAAGAAACCAGCUCGGCGGCGGUACGAGACCUACGGCAUGUAUUCUGAUGACGAUGCCAACAGCGAUGCAUCAAGUGCUUGCUCAGAGCGUUCAUAUAGCUCACGCAAUGGCAGUAUUCCCACGUACAUGCGUCAGGCGGAGGAUGUGGCCGAAGUGCUUAACCGCUGUGCCUCGGCCAACUGGUCCGAGAGGAAAGAGGGGCUGAUGGGAUUACAGGCUCUGCUAAAGAACCAGCGUGCUCUCAGCCGAGUUGAGCUCAAGAGGUUGUGUGAGAUUUUUACCAGGAUGUUUGCAGACCCUCACAGCAAGCGUGAGUCCAGAGGCUUCGGCACGGCAGAAUCCGGUAUCAGUUCCGCCUCCUUUAAGGUGUUUAGCAUGUUCUUGGAGACACUGGUGGACUUCAUAAUGGUUCAUAAGGCAGAUCUGCAGGACUGGCUGUUUGUGCUGCUUACACAGCUACUAAAGAAGAUGGGCGCUGACCUCCUCGGCUCUGUACAGGCCAAAGUACAGAAAGCCCUCGACGUCACAAGGGAGUCUUUUCCUAAUGAUCUGCAGUUCACAAUUCUCAUGAGAUUCACCGUAGACCAGACACAGACACCCAACUUAAAGGUGAAGGUGGCCAUUUUGAAGUACAUAGAGACCCUGACGCUACAAAUGGAGCCACAGGACUUUGUGAACUCCAGCGAGACCAGACUUGCAGUCUCCCGCAUCAUCACAUGGACCACGGAACCCAAGAGCUCUGACGUCAGGAAGGCAGCCCAGUCUGUGCUGAUUGCACUGUUCCAGUUGAAUACACCAGAGUUCACCAUGCUUCUUGGUGCACUACCUAAAACCUUCCAAGAUGGGGCUACCAAACUCCUUCAGAACCACCUACGCAGCACUGGCGGCGUAGCACCAGCCCCAGUGGGUAGCCCCCUGACACGACACACACCGAGGUCACCAGCCAGUUGGUCUAGUCCUCUAACAUCCCCUACCAACACGUCACAGAAUACGCCUUCCCCUAGUGCAUUUGAUUAUGAUACAGAGAAUAUGAACUCGGAGGAGAUCUACAGCUCUCUGCGUGGCGUUACCCAAGCCAUCCAGAACUUCAGUGUGCGGAGCCAAGAGGAUAUGACUGAACCUCCUCGCAAAAGGGAGGGAGACGGAGAAGAGGGUGGUGCUGAGACUACGGAUACUGGUCGGACAGCCCUGGAUAACAAAACGUCUCUGCUGAACACCAUGCCCCUCCUCUCCUCUAGUCCCCGCCCAAGCAAGGAGUAUCAGCCAGGUAGUUACUCAGACUCUUCCUUCGGCUCCUCCCCCUUUAGUAAGAGCCUGAAAGAUGUACUGGACCAAGACGGCGAGGGCCUUACGGAUGAUAGCAGUGUGGACCAGUCAGAGGUGGUGGCCGAGCUGUUAAAGGAGCUGUCCAAUCACAGCGAGCGGGUGGAGGAGAGGAAGGCAGCGCUCUGUGAACUCAUGCGGCUGAUCAGGGAAACACAGUUGCACGUCUGGGAUGAACAUUUUAAAACUAUUCUCCUGCUGCUGCUGGAAACCCUGGGGGAUGGAGAGCAUGUGAUUCGUGCACUGGCACUGCGGGUGCUGAAGGAGAUUUUGAACAGGCAGCCCUGGCGCUUUAAGAACUAUGCAGAGCUCACCAUUAUGAAGACCUUGGAAGCACACAAAGACCCACACAAAGAGGUGAUCCGAGCAGCAGAAGAAGCAGCGGCCAUGCUGGCAAGUUCCAUCAGCCCGGAGCAGUGCAUUAAGGUGUUGUGUCCCAUCAUUCAGUCUGCAGACUAUCCCAUCAAUCUGGCUGCCAUCAAGAUGCUCACCAAAGUAAUUGAGCGACUGCCCAAGGAAAGUCUGCUCCAGAUGCUGCAGGAGAUUGUCCCUGGACUCAUUCAGGGUUAUGAUAACUCUGAGAGCAGUGUACGGAAAGCUUGCGUGUUCUGCCUUGUUGCCAUCUAUGCCAUCAUCGGGGAGGAUCUCAAACCUUACCUCAGCCAACUGUCUGGCAGCAAGCUGAAGCUGUUGAAUCUGUAUAUAAAGCGCGCUCAGAGUGGCUCCAGCGGAAGUGACCAGUCGUCAGAUGUGGGAGGUCAAGGCCUGUAGCUGAGCCCACGGGACUUUGAGGGCAGGAGCCCUAGCAGGCUUUUUAACAUGCAUACAAACACUCAGACCGCUAUAAACUUACACAGGCUUACAGAUACACACAUGCACACACAAGUAUGGACUUGCACUGCUGGACACCUUCCUUUGCCCCUCCCCUACCUUCCAGCUGCGGUCUGAAGCCAUGUGGGGCAGCGUGGAUCAGAUUCCAACACUUCCUGUUAAACCGAAUUCUUCUUCUUUUUGUGUGAGCAUGACUCAUUGUGGUGCUGGUGGUAAGCUUUGGUAACAAAGUGUGUGUGUCUGUGUGAGAGAGAGUGCGUGAGUGUGUGAGUGAGAGAGCGAGCGAGAGCAAGUUUACUUACCUGUUAAAAUCCCAGCAGUGAGAUAAAAAAGGAGAGAGGGGAGGCUUUAGGUGUCACUCUGCAAUAUCAAGAUCAUUUCUUUAAGAUCAAGGAGCUUCUGAGGAAACUCAGAUUCACAAGAUGCAACUCAAAACUCUGAGCAACAGAAUCUGAGCAGAAAUUUCAUUACCAGUGCUUACAGCUCUUUGAUUAUUAAUGGUCGUAUCACUUCAUAACACUGAAUGGUUGGUUCAGCUUGCUCUAUUAUAUGGCAUACUUUGCUUGGCUAUCUGCAUGUCAUGAUUAAAACCAACCCUUUUUAUCUGGUCACCUGUAGGACUUAAUGGGUCUGGUGACCCACUCACAUGUCCAAGGUUUGUGUCGCAGUUGGACUGCGAAGCCAGAUGUCAUUUGAAUACAUAGGCAAUAUGUAUCUAUACAACACAACAAGAGUAUUCGAGAAAAAUCUUGUGUUAUUUGGAGGGCGUGUAGAUUCUUUUAAGUAGCAUAGUGUCAUUUCUUCUCCGAAGGGAAAUUUGUAGAAAUGUAUUUACGCAUUCUAAUGGAAAAACUGAUGUGUGUCUUUCUCCUUUCUGUAGUUUCUCUUUCUCCCCUGUGAGGAAAUCGUUUCCUCUGGUUUCCCCACUGCAUUUCUAAAGCUAUGCUAACAAUAAAAUGAAAAUAAAAAAUGUACAGACAUGAGUAAA